CAGACAUGAGAGGGAGUGGGAGGGAGGGAGGAGAGGCAGGGCAGUCCUAUUACCAACUGAACAUGAUCAUUUCAACAAAAUGGAUCCAGGAAGCCCCAGCCCUUUCUCAAAGCUCGCAAACUCCAAUGCAAGAGGAAGUGACGCAGGGCAGUUUGAGGAAGUUCCCCUCAGAAUUCUGUCUCUGGGGCAGUGGGAACCAGCAAGAGAUGCAGAACUGGAGAAGCAGUGGGUUUCUCAGAAAGAGACGGAGUCAGCGCUUGACGCAAUACCAACUGCAGUGACACAGACUAACCAUAAGGUGGCAGCAGACAAAUCGAGGUUCCAUACUCUGGGCUAUCAGAAGAGGCAGAAGAACAAUGUGAUCACUGACUUAGGAACCGUCAGUAAGGGAGUGUCUGGAAGCAGUAGAUCUCGCGGUGGUAUUCAGGCACUCUUCGCCCAGGGACUGUCUGAAAAGGCACCCACCCUAGAGGAACGUUCUCAGUUGGAGAGUUUGAAACAAGCUCUGCAGUCAUUUCCUCUGCCAGCACUGCCUGACUGGAAGAGGGGAGGAGGAGGAGGAGGAGGAGGUGGAGGAGGUGGAGAAGGAGGUGAAGGGGAAGGAGGAGUAACAGACGUUUCAUUGGAGGAGAGCUGGACUCGUAUCGUACACUCUCACGUGAGCAUGACUAAGACACAGCGGCACCAGCAGGAGGCGCUGUGGGAGUUGAUACAUACUGAAUUGAAUUACAUUAGAAAGCUUACAAUUGUGAAUGAUCUGGUGAUUGCAGCCCUAGUCUACCUACGGAACGAUGGGUUUUUACCAGAGGUCACCCCAGAGCUCCUCUUUUCGAAUCUUCCUUCCAUACUGCAAGCUCACCGCCUUUUCUGGCAUGAAGUACUGCUCCCUUCGGUACAGGAAGUCAGGGAGACCGGGAAACCCUUUGACCCCGUGAAACUGGAGGAAGGCUGCAUGCAGUUCAGCGAACGCUUUGCCCCCUACCUCCAGUACUGCUGGGAGGAGGAGAGGAUUAUGGACUUCACCCGUAAGCAAGCCUCCAACCCCCACUUCCAGGCCUAUGUCGAAUGGGUGGAGACGUGCCCGCUGGUUCACAGGAUGCGGCUCGGUGACAUGCAGGCCAAGCCCCACAUGCGGAUCACAAAGUACCGGCUGGUGCUGGAGGCCAUUUUGAAGAGCACACAGGACCCUGUGGCACAGUACUCCGUCAGGAGGAUGCUCACCAGUGUCAAUAGCUUUGUGGACAGCAUCAAUGGAUACCUGGCAUUCAAAUGUGAUGAGCUUGCUCUCUCUCAGACAGCUCAGAGAGUGGAGGGGUAUGAGGUGACAGAGACAACGAAUGAAGAGAUCGACAAGUAUAUAAAGGAGUUCUGCUCCUUCGAUUUAACAAGCCCUAUCCUGGGGUUGGGACCUGCCGAUACACGCAAGCUGGUUUCAGAGGAGACUCUCAGGAUCAGAGAGAAGAAAGACAAUAAGGUGGAGGUGGUCGUGCUGCUGUUCUCGGACGUGCUGCUGGUGACCAAGGUGCAGAGGAAGUCGGAGAAGCUGAAGGUCGCGCGCCCCCCGCUGGUCCUGGAGAGAACUCACUGCGCUGCUCUGAAAGACGGCUGUUCAUUUGUGCUGGUGGAGAAGAGUGAAUUGGGCUGUGCUGUGAAUGUGUACACAAUCUUCACCCCAACCCCAGAGAGCUGCUCCGCUUGGGUCAAUGCCUUUGCUACGGCACAGAAAUCCCUGGCAACCAAGAGAGAGAGAGAGAUGUCUCACAGAUUGGGGGACAUCAGCCUGGGCUCAAUGCAGGUUGAGAAACAGGUCCUUCCUCUAUCAAAAGCAGAAAGGACAAUUGAGGAGCAAAAGGAACAAAUAAGACAAUUAGAGGUUGAGCUGGCGCUCUUACCAGGGCAAAAACAAGAAAAUGGGGGCAGUGAGAAACCAUCUGAGAAUGGGACAUUGCCUUUCACAAUUACAGAUAAAAACCUUCAGAACCAAUUGAAAAACUUAAACUCCACGUUGGCAGGAAGAAACAUCCCAAGCAGCCAAUCAGCACGGGGGAAUUUUGCAAUGGGGCGAGGCAAACGGCAGAACAGGAAUUCUGGGAAAAUGGAUGUGGCGAUGUCAAAGGGGCAGGCAGAGGAGGACAGGGAAUUCACUGAACAUGAGUAUCCAGGCAUAAAAGAGAGAAGGGUUACAUGGAAUAGCAAUAAACCAAGACCUGGUCCAGCCUCCCCCAAAAAACACAUAAUAUCACCGGCGGUCUCUAAUGAAAACCAGUCAAAUGCUUCUCAGUCCCCACUGCCGGGCAAGAGGCAGACUCCCGAGAUCACACACACCAAAUCGGCACCAAGCCUGAAGGAUACUUUGGCUUGGGACUCAAUAUCCAAGGAGGGUCCACCACAAGGAAGAAAAUUAUCUUGGAUAGAUUCCGAGGGCCAGUCAUCAGACCAGCAGUCUGGAAGAGAUUCUAACUCCAGCCAAUCAGAAGAUGACUUUUUAAAGGAGCCGCGGGCGUUUUCGCGGCGGCAGAAUUCUCCACGAUUACGGAGGGGGCAUCCCGUCGUUCAGCACGGUCCCUUCCCGCAGCCCCCGAAUUCGGAGGACGCCGUGUUUGUGUUCCGUGCCAGUUCCUCCUCUGCCUCAGACUACAAACGGGGCCUACACUGGACACCCCAGUGGCCCGCUCCGAAGCCGCACUCUCAUUUAGGCCUGGGUCUGUGGACCGGGAGAGGGAAUUGGGCGGGGCACCGGAACGGCGCUGUGCCGAGACCGUCCCCUGAGCCCGGGACCGUCUCUGAACCAGAGCUGCCUGCUGCAAUGCCUGAGCAAAACUCCCAAAAAAGGCCUAAGUUCAAGACCCAAAGGAGUGUGUCCAUUCCAGACAUCAUAAUUCAGGCAGGGAGUCUGGAGACCGACUCCCAGACCUCCCAGUGCUCCCAGCCUGAGGGGGGCAUUCAGCGGCACUCCUCCCUGGCACCGGGCAUCUUAGAGCGAGUGAGGGGGCGAGCAGAGGAGCGAGGGAGGGAAGGAGCGAAAGCAAGGAGGUCUAGCACGAGCUUGGGCUCCAGGAGCUUCUUUCUGGACUCGACCCCGUCUGCCUCUCGGUCCACAUCUCCAUCCCUGUCUCCCUGCGAGGCGGGGCUGCACACCCCCACUGCUGUGCAAGAAGGAGAGGAAGAGGAGGGCGGCAAGAAAGGGAGGAAGCACAGUUCUAGCUUCCCUUUCCCCCCCGUUGGCGCCAGUGUUGAUUGGUCGGGUUGGUGCGUCGAUGACGACGAGGUCAUGGUUUUCCUGGUUCCAGAAGACAGCGGAGGGCAGGGUGUGGCGGGAGACAGCAGAGGGCAGGGUGUGGCGGGAGACAGCGGAGGGCAGGGUGUGGCGGGAGACAGCGGAGGGCAGGGUGUGGCGGGAGACAGCGGAGGGCAGGGUGUGGCGGGAGACAGCGGAGGGCAGGGUGUGGCGGGAGACAGGGGGAGUCGGACGCUCACCCUCAGUGACCUCCAGAGAAUAAGCAGGCAGGAGGACGGGGAGUGUAGCGAGGUGUAG